UUUAGUCGGUUAAUUGAGUGCCGUGGGCUGAUAUAUGGCACUAUGUUGUGUGAUGGUGACAGCAAGGCACUGACACGUGUCAACGACCUUGGUGUCUACGACAUUCCGGUGCAGAAGGAAGACUGCGUAAAUCAUAUAGCCAAACGCAUCUACAAUCAGUUAGAACAGGUUAAAAAAGACAACAAGCAGAAGCUCAACAGGAAACUGACCGUUGCCAAAAUAAAAGAAAUCACAAACACUUACGCCACGAAUCUGAGAGAGAAUGCCCCAGAUAUUCAGAAGAUGAAGUUAGGUGUUAUGGGUGGCCUGUUCCACAUGAAUUCCACUGACAGCGCCCCGAACCAUCGUUUGUGCCCAGAGGGUGAAACAUCAUGGUGCAAGCACAACCGUGCCCUCGCCAAGGGUGAACAGCCCCCUCCCCACAACCCAACCUUAUCACCUGAUAUAGGGACUUACGUAUUCCCCAUUUUCAAGAGGCUGACUGACCCAGAACUCCUCUCUAGGUGUGUCAGAAUGUCUACGCAGAACCCAAAUGAAUGUUUUAAUUCGACAAUUUGGAGAUGUUGCCCUAAGGUGCUUUUCGCCCACCUCCCAACCAUUGAAACAGCUGU